GAUAAAACAAACAUUUCUAUGGUAAUCAAUGUUAAUAAUGCUCACCUUAAUAACAAUAAAAUAUUUUCUGGUGUUGAUUCACAAACGUCUCAUUGACAAGUUCAUUAAUUCGUAAAAUAUGGCUCACAACUGCACUCUCCCAGAAGAUAAUAAAGAAAAAAGUGGACAUGAUAAUAAUUGGAGAAAUCUAAUUUUAAUAAGUGAAGCACAUCCAAGAACUUCAGAGAUUUUCCAAUCGAAAAUGGACAUAGAUUCAGAAAGGCAAAGACAUCUAAACUCUAAAUAUAAAUUCAUGAUUCACCCGUUUAGUAAAUUCAGGAUUAAUUAUGAUAUUUAUUUUCUUUUUGCAAGUAUUAUAAGCUCACUUGUUUGCGUGGAAGUAAUGACGAUUCACCCUUAUGAAACCCUAACAAGAAUAUACGUGACCGCAUUUGCGAUACUACAUUGUUCGGAUGUGAUUUUGUGUUUUUUUACUGGAAGGAUCAAAGAAAACAAAGAUGAUGUUGAAUUGAAUCCAAAAAAAGUUUGCAUGAUGUACUUAAAAUCAACUUUUAUAAUAGAUUUUAUAUUUGGAUUUGCAAUAUUAUUUGUAAAUUGGUUCGCUGAUCAAGAUGAAGGAUGUGAUGUUAUUUUGAAAGUGUUGGUAUUCUUGAAUGUUUUUAGCAUUCCUCUAAAAAUUGAGAAAUUUAUGCUGACAAUGGAGUAUUUUAGUAUUCGAAUUAAAAGUUUUUAUUCGUGCAUUUUUGGAUCAUUAUAUUAUUGGUGGAUGGUUCACAUGUGGACAAAUUAUGAUAUUAUGGUUACAAAAUAUGUAAUGCAUUUUAAAUAUAGUGACGAAAAGUUUCGCAAUGAAUCAUUGGCCUUCAAAUAUGAUUUUGCGCAUAUGGAUAAUUUUAAUAGAGCUUUAAAAGGACACGUUGAUUAUUUUUUCUUGUCCAUGACAAUGAAUAUAUUUAAAUAUGGAAUUUGGUUUGAAAAAAUCAUUUGUGUUUUUGCUAUACUUAUAACCUCUUUUGCUCAUUUAUUUAUGGUUUUACUUAUUCUCUUGUAUUUUCUAUCCAAAUCAGAAUCAAGGACAAAAUUCGACAGUCUUAUAAACCAAGUCGAGAGCUACGCAGAAGAUAAAAAGUUACCAAAACCAAUUAAAGACCGAAUCAUACAAUUUUAUAAAUAUAAAUUCAGAAAUAGAUAUUUUAACGAAGCCAACAUUAUGUCAAUGUCAUGCGAUGGUCUUGUAGAGGACAUGCACAAGCAUAUUUGUAGAAAAGUACUUAAAAUACCACUAUUUUCAACAUUAACCCAACAACAAAUUGGUUUGAUUUUAAAAUAUUUCGAAAUCGAACUUUACAUGCCCAACGACAUCAUUUAUAAUUAUGGCUCAAUAGUAGAGUACAUAUUUUUUAUAUCGAGCGGUACCGUAGCAGCGUAUACCAUGUCUGGCAUAGAAGCUUUUCACUUGGAAGAUGGGGAUUUUUUUGGAUGGGUGGAUGUUUAUGGUGGUGCAGUUAGACGAGAAACCACCAUCAAUGCUUUGGAGAUUACAGAAAUAUUUAAGAUACGUUAUCAGCAUGCUUUUGAUCAUUUUAAUAAUUUUCCUGAAAUUCUGCGUUCAAUGCAUAUUGAAUCUACAAAAAGAAGUUUAAUUAUUCAAGAUUUGGAAAAGAAGUUUAAAGAGAAUAUCAUGAAGAAUAGAUUUAAUUCAGUUACGGAAAAGCGAAACACGAUGGUGGUUGUUGAUUAAUGCAUUUAUUUAUUUUGUAUUUACACAAUAUAUUCAAAGA